AUGAGGACAGUAAUGGGCAAACAGGACAGCCCGAGGUCAACACCCAAGCAUGUCACUUUCGCGACGCCACUCACUCAGAUCAUGGUUGACAAGGCAAAGUUGAUCAUCGAGGAUAGCAGCUACAACCUCAUGGAUAACACUCUCACCACACUCCCUCUUGGACCAAGCAUAUAUUCCUAUGACCCCAUGUUAUUUGAGUCAUGCAUCACCAGGACACCAACAAUUACUCCACAACCUCUCUUGACGUCUCUGAUCAGAACUCCAAAGAAAAAGCUCUUGGCAAUGAUUGAUGGUGCAACCAGUCAAGAUUCGAUCUCGUCGUCUGAAGGGGUUAUGGCAAAUGCUGAGCCACAAUGCCACUAUAAUGAGACAAACUUGGAGCAGCCUAAGACAGAUAAUAGCUCAGCUCCCCCAACAACCGUAGAAGUGACUGACCUCAUAAAUUCAGAAGUUGCAGCUAUUGAAACAUUAUGCCACUCUGAUAGUGCAACAAAUGCUGAAGUACAGAUUGAUAGCACAGUGGAACCAGUAUAG